GAUUUUUAAUCUCAAGCCUGGCCAUUUUAAUUCUCUUACGUUUAAAUAGAUUAGCAUAAUGUUGAGAAUUUCAACUUGCAAACUCUCAACUAGACAUCUGCAUGCCACUAAAAGGCUACUCAGUACUGCCAAAGGGUCAAUCAAAGAAGGUUGGGAGGCUGUCAUUGGUAUUGAAGUUCAUGCUCAAUUGAACACAAAAACUAAAUUGUUUUCUGGGUCUUCAACUUCUUAUAACGAUUUAAUUAAUACUCACGUAUCUACUAUCGAUGCUGCAUUUCCUGGUGUUCAACCUCGUUUAAACGGUCACGCUGUUGAAUUAGCUGUCAAAACUGCACUUGCAUUACAAGGCAAUGUGCAAAAAAAAUCUACUUUUGACCGAAAACAUUAUUUUUAUCCAGAUCUUCCUCAGGGGUAUCAGAUCACUCAACAACGAGAACCUAUCUCGAGAGGGGGGUAUAUAUUAUUGACAGAAAAUGAUGGCGCAGAGAAGCCAUUGAAGGUUGGUAUUCAUCAAUUGCAAUUGGAACAAGACACUGGUAAAAGUUUGCAUGAUAUGAGACCUGGAGAAACGCUGCUUGAUUUAAACAGAGCAGGCACUGGCCUAAUGGAAAUUGUAACUAUGCCCGAUUUAAGAUCAUCCUUUGAAGCAGGUCUACUUGUAAAAAAGCUUCAAAAUAUCCUUCAAUGGGUGGGAUCGUCAAAAGCUAAUUUAGAAGAGGGUUCCAUGCGGUGUGAUGUGAAUGUAUCUGUGAACAGAAUUGGUGAAGAGUUUGGAACACGUUGUGAAUUAAAAAACUUGAAUCGAGUUCGUAUAUUAUCUAUGGCAAUCGAUGCUGAAAUUAAAAGACAAAUAGAGGUGAUCGAAAGCGGAGGGAAAAUCACAGUGGAAACUCGUCGAUAUGAUGAAGAUAAAGGUGUUACAUUUAAAUUGAGAGAUAAGGAAAAUGCACCAGAUUAUAGAUAUAUGCCAGAGCCAGAUCUUCCUCCUCUCAUUUUAUCGCAAGAAUUUAUUGAUAAGAUCGGAAACACUAUAUCAGAACUGCCCGAUCAAUGCUUAGAUAGACUUAUGAAUCAAUAUGGGCUUAAUCUUACACACGCAAAUCUUUUACUUCAUGAAUACAAAUGUGUUGAUUAUUUUGAAAACGUCUCUUCGGGCAGGAAUUCCAAAGCAGUUGCCAAUUGGACAUUAAAUGAGCUCUCUGGUGCCCUGGCCUCUAAAGGUAUUUCUUUCCAAGAAAAUCCCAUAUCCAUCGAGCGAUUUGGUAAUUUGAUCGAUCUUGUUCAAAAUGGGACCAUCACAGGUAAAACGGGCAAAGAUGUUAUCAAGCUUAUGUUAGACGAUACAUCCGACCCCCUGGAUAUUAUAAAAGAAAAAGGUUGGCUCAGGAUUACGGACAAAGAUAAAUUAAAAGUGUUAUGUGACGAAUUGGUCAACAAAAAUUUAAAAAAGGCUACAGCAGUCCAAAAUGGCGAUUCGAAAUUGUUCAAGUGGUUUAUUGGUCAAGCCAUGGGUCGUACACGGGGUAUGGCUGAUUCCAACAUCUUAAAUCAAGUGUUAAGUAGCUCACUUGGUUGGAAUAGCUACGAAGAAAUGAUACAAUCUAUAGAAGAGAAGCCCAAAGUUAAUAAAAAGAAAAAGGAUUUGUAAUACAAAUCAUUCCUAUCUUUAACUUAGAUACAUCAGUUGUUCUUUCAGAUGAACAAAAAUGUUUUCAUAUAAUGUUUUAUA